AUGCAAAUUGUGUCAAACCACACAAACGGUGUGAAGUGCGAACUCUUCACCCAAAGAAGUGCCAGAUUAGUCAACGUAAUGGACGCAUUGGUUCGCAUAAGUUCUAACCUGAAGAGCAUGGAGCAGGAGCUGCAGUGCCCGGUGUGUAAGGGGAUGGUCAAGCAGCCCGUGGUGCUGCCCUGCCUGCACAGCGUGUGUUUGCUGUGCGCCUCCGAGGUUCUGGUGCAGAGCGGGUACCCGCCGCCCGACCUGCCCCCCGAGCCCAACUCGCCCGCCUCCACGCCCAACACACGCUCACCGCGCCAGGCACGCCGACCCCUGCCCAAAGCAGACCGCGUGGACCGCCAGCUCAGGCAAGGUUUUGGCACGUACCCUGGGCGGCGGCGUAAAGAGGGCCCGUCCCCGGCGAUGCUGUUCCCCUGCGUGCCCUGCGGCCGGGACGUGGAGCUGGGGGAGAGGGGGCUCGCUGAGUGCAUGAGGAACCUUACUCUGGAGCGCAUAGUGGAGAGGUACAGGCACACUGUGAGUCUGGGCAGCACUGCUGUCCUGUGUCAGUUCUGCAAGCCUCCUCAGCCUCUGGAAGCCACCAAGGGCUGUGCCGAUUGCAGGGCCAACUUCUGCAACGAGUGCUUCAAGCUGUACCACCCCUGGGGGACGCCCCGCGCCCAACACGAGCACGUGCUUCCCACCCUCAACUUCAGACCCAAGGUGUUGUCCUGUAUUGAGCAUGACCAGGAGCGGCUGCAGUUCUACUGUAAGUCCUGCCAGAGGCUACUCUGCUCUCUGUGCAAGCUGCGUCGCGUCCACGCCGGACACAAGAUCAUCCCCAUCACGCAGGCCUACCAGACGUUGAAGGACAAGAUCACCAAGGAGCUGAACUUUGUGCUGUCCAAUCAGGACACAGUGUUGUCCCAGAUCACCCAGCUGGAGAAUGUCAUCACUCAGACAGAGGUGAACAGCGUGUCUGCAAGGGAGCAGCUGGUCCAGUGUGUGCGCGACCUGACCGCCCUGAUCGCCGAGCGGCAGGCGGGACUAGCGCAGGCGCUGGAGGCUUCUCGGCAGAGGCGGGGCGAGGCGUUGGCCAAUCAGGUGUCAGAGAGGCGGAGCCUGUUGGAGCACGCGGGGCUGCUGGCGUUCGCUCAGGAGCUGCUGAAGGAGACUGACCCGUCCUGCUUUGUCCACGCCGCACGCCACACACACAACAGGCUGGCCCAGUCUAUCGAGUCCCUGCAGUGCUUCUCUCUGGCUGCCGAUCCGUCCUUUCGUCAUUUCCAGCUGGACGUGGCGCGCGAGCUCAAGCUGCUCUCCGAGCUGGGCUUCAUCCAGGCCCCUCUGGCACCUGUGAUUGACACCCAGCGCACCCUAGCCUACGAUCAGCUGUUCCUCUGCUGGCGGCUGCCGCAGGAGUCCUGUCCCGCCUGGCACUUCUCCGUGGAGUACCGACGCCGGGGCGUGGUGCCCGGGGGAGGGGUCAGGGGCGGGGUCCGCGGCGGAUUGGCCGCCGCCCGCUGGGGCUGGCAGCGAUUGGAGGAGGUGAACGGCAACAGUGCGGUGAUUGACAGGCUGGAGAUGGACAGCGUGUACGUGCUGAGGGUGAGGGGCUGCAACAAGGCGGGAUACGGGGAGUACAGUGAGGAGGUGUAUCUGCACACUCCACCAGCUCCAGUCUUGAACUUCUACCUGGACUCUCGCUGGGGUCUCCAUGCCGACCGGCUGGUGGUGAGCAAGGAGCAGCGCUGCGCGCGGAGCAUUCCGGGCCUCUCGCUGCUGCAGGCGGCCGACCGCGCCCUCACUUCCUGUCACCUGACCGCCGACCUGCUGGUGGGCGACGUGGCCAUCACGCAGGGCCGACACUACUGGGCGUGCUCAGUGGAGCCCGGCUCCUACCUGGUCAAGAUCGAUUACUGUGUCAACACUGACCCCCAUCCACCCUCACCUCCACCCACUCCCUCCCCUAGGUCAGAGGUCAAGCGCUGGCAGGUGCUGGAGAAGGGGGGGGGGGCUUUGGAGGAGCUCAGCUAUCCCUGGGGUCAGUGGUGCAGCCGGGCAGCGGAGACUCUGGAGCUCCCCUGA